GGGGUCCUGCGGAGUUGGCGGAGGCUCCUCAGGGGACUGGGGGGCCGAUCUGCGUAGAAGCGGGUGGUGGGGUAGAGAGGGGAGGAGAGCUCCGAGUGGGAAGUGGAGCCAGGGGCCCGAGACCCGUCGCGUCAGAGCCAGGCAAGUGAACCGGAGCAAACGACUUCCGAUCCAGUCCGCGCUGCUGCGGCUCCCGUUUGGGAUUUGAUUUGCAGCAUCUUUGAGCCUGGACGACAAAAAACCGCGAAGCACGCCCAGCCCUCCCCUGGCACCCCGAUACAAACCCACUCCCUCCCAGGGACAUAGCUGGGCGCGUCCACACCCCCGCACCCCCACACCAUGUUGUGCGGAAGGACUUCCACUCCCCGCCUGUGUCGUUGAUGUCAGACCCCAGGCCAGGCUGCGGGCGCUGCCGUUCACCAGGCUAAUGCUGAAGCUGUGGCUCGGGCUUUAAGCACAGGAACCAGUCGCCGCUGUACUCGGCCCCAGCGCCCACCGUCUGCAUGUGCCCGCCGUAGCCGCCUGCUCAGCCCGCGCUCCCGGAGCGCUGGAGACCACCGCGGGGGGCCCCUUCUGCCCUUGGGAGAAUCGGUCUUGGAGGUAUUGAUUUUUUGGUUGGAUUUUUCUCCUGGAUCUAUCAAUUCACAAUUCGAAUUUGGAAGAAAGAAGGAAAACAUGACGUCUCCAGCCAAAUUCAAAAAGGAUAAGGAGAUCAUAGCAGAGUACGAUACUCAGGUCAAAGAGAUCCGGGCUCAGCUCACAGAGCAAAUGAAAUGCCUGGACCAGCAGUGUGAGCUCCGGGUGCAGCUGUUGCAGGACCUGCAGGACUUCUUCCGGAAGAAGGCCGAGAUUGAGAUGGACUACUCCCGCAACCUGGAAAAGCUGGCAGAGCGCUUCCUGGCUAAGACACGUAGCACCAAGGACCAGCAAUUCAAGAAGGACCAGAAUGUUCUUUCUCCAGUCAACUGUUGGAAUCUCCUCUUAAACCAAGUGAAGAGGGAGAGCAGGGACCACACCACCCUGAGUGACAUCUACCUGAAUAAUAUAAUUCCUCGAUUUGUCCAAGUCAGCGAGGACUCAGGAAGACUCUUUAAGAAGAGUAAAGAAGUCGGCCAGCAGCUCCAAGAUGAUUUGAUGAAGGUCCUGAACGAGCUCUAUUCGGUCAUGAAGACAUAUCACAUGUACAAUGCCGACAGCAUCAGUGCUCAGAGCAAACUAAAGGAGGCCGAGAAGCAAGAGGAGAAGCAAAUUGGUAAAUCUGUGAAGCAGGAGGACCGGCAGACCCCACGCUCCCCUGACUCCACCGCCAAUGUCCGCAUUGAAGAGAAACAUGUCCGGAGGAGCUCAGUGAAGAAGAUUGAGAAGAUGAAAGAGAAGCGCCAAGCCAAGUACACCGAGAAUAAAUUGAAGGCCAUUAAAGCCCGGAAUGAAUACUUACUGGCUUUGGAGGCAACCAAUGCAUCUGUCUUCAAGUACUACAUCCACGACCUGUCUGAUCUUAUUGAUCAGUGUUGUGACCUAGGCUACCAUGCUAGCCUGAACCGGGCCCUGCGCACCUUCCUCUCUGCUGAAUUAAAUCUCGAACAGUCGAAGCAUGAGGGUCUGGAUGCCAUUGAGAAUGCAGUAGAAAACCUGGAUGCCACCAGUGAUAAGCAGCGCCUCAUGGAGAUGUACAACAAUGUCUUCUGCCCCCCUAUGAAGUUUGAGUUCCAGCCCCACAUGGGGGACAUGGCCUCCCAGCUCUGUGCCCAGCAGCCUGUUCAGAGUGAGCUGGUGCAGAGAUGCCAACAGCUACAGUCCCGCUUAUCCACUCUGAAGAUUGAGAAUGAAGAGGUAAAGAAAACAAUGGAGGCCACCCUGCAGACCAUCCAGGACAUUGUGACGGUCGAGGAUUUUGAUGUGUCUGACUGCUUCCAGUACAGCAAUUCUAUGGAAUCUGUCAAGUCAACUGUCUCAGAAACCUUCAUGAGCAAGCCUAGCAUCGCUAAGAGGAGAGCCAACCAGCAAGAGACAGAGCAGUUUUAUUUCACAAAAAUGAAGGAGUACCUGGAGGGCAGGAACCUCAUCACCAAGUUACAAGCCAAGCACGACCUUCUGCAGAAAACCCUGGGAGAAAGUCAGCGGACAGAUUGCAGUCUGGCCAGGCGUAGCUCAACUGUGAGGAAACAGGACUCCAGCCAGGCAAUUCCUCUGGUGGUAGAAAGCUGCAUCCGGUUUAUCAGCAGACACGGACUGCAGCAUGAAGGAAUUUUCCGGGUGUCUGGAUCCCAGGUGGAAGUGAAUGACAUCAAAAAUGCCUUUGAAAGAGGAGAGGACCCCCUGGCAGGGGACCAGAAUGACCACGACAUGGACUCCAUAGCUGGUGUCCUGAAGCUUUACUUCCGGGGGCUGGAACACCCGCUCUUCCCUAAGGACAUCUUCCACGACCUGAUGGCCUGCGUCACAAUGGACAACCUACAGGAGAGAGCUCUGCAUAUCCGGAAAGUUCUCCUGGUCCUGCCCAAAACCACUCUGAUUAUCAUGAGAUACCUCUUUGCCUUCCUCAAUCAUUUAUCACAGUUCAGUGAAGAGAACAUGAUGGACCCCUACAACCUCGCCAUCUGCUUCGGGCCCUCGCUGAUGUCAGUGCCAGAGGGCCACGACCAGGUGUCCUGCCAAGCCCACGUGAAUGAGCUGAUCAAAACCAUCAUCAUCCAACAUGAGAACAUCUUCCCAAACCCCAGGGAGCUGGAGGGCCCUGUCUACAGCAGAGGAGGAAGCAUGGAGGAUUAUUGUGAUAGCCCUCAUGGAGAGACUACCUCGGCUGAAGACUCAACCCAGGAUGUGACCGCAGAACACCACACAAGUGAUGACGAAUGUGAGCCCAUCGAGGCCAUUGCCAAGUUUGACUACGUGGGCCGGACAGCCCGAGAACUGUCCUUCAAGAAGGGGGCAUCCCUGCUGCUUUACCAGCGGGCUUCUGAUGACUGGUGGGAAGGCCGGCACAAUGGCAUCGACGGACUCAUCCCCCAUCAGUACAUCGUUGUCCAAGACACCGAGGACGGUGUCGUGGAGAGGUCCAGCCCCAAGUCUGAAAUUGAGGUCAUUUCUGAGCCACCUGAAGAAAAGGUGACAGCCAGAGCGGGGGCCAGCUGUCCCAGUGGGGGUCAUGUAGCCGAUAUUUACCUUGCAAACAUCAACAAGCAAAGGAAGCGUCCAGAAUCUGGAAGCAUCCGGAAAACAUUUCGGAGUGACAGCCAUGGGCUGAGCAGUUCCCUGACUGACUCCUCCUCCCCGGGGGUGGGGGCUAGCUGCCGCCCGUCCUCCCAGCCCAUCAUGAGCCAGAGUCUCCCCAAGGAAGGGCCAGAUAAGUGUUCCAUCAGUGGGCACGGGAGCCUCAAUUCCAUCAGUCGCCACUCAUCCCUGAAAAAUCGGUUAGACAGUCCACAGAUCCGGAAGACUGCCACAGCAGGAAGGUCAAAAAGCUUCAAUAACCAUCGGCCCAUGGACCCUGAGGUCAUUGCACAGGAUAUUGAGGCAACAAUGAACUCUGCCUUGAAUGAGCUGCGGGAGCUGGAGAGGCAGAGCAGCGUCAAGCACACCCCUGAUGUGGUCCUGGACACCUUGGAGCCCCUCAAAACCUCCCCAGUGGUGGCCCCCACAUCAGAGCCCUCCAGCCCCCUGCACACCCAGCUCCUCAAGGACCCUGAGCCUGCCUUCCAGCGCAGCGCCAGUACUGCUGGGGACAUCGCCUGCGCCUUUCGGCCUGUCAAGUCUGUCAAGAUGGCUGCCCCAGUCAAACCACCAGCCACGCGGCCCAAGCCCACCGUCUUCCCCAAAACAAAUGCCACUAGCCCUGGUGUCAACUCAUCAGCUUCCCCACAGUCCACUGACAAGUCUUGUACUGUCUGAGGGGUAUAAUUUAAUUGUUCUAGACAAGGGGACUAUAGGGACUGACUGUUAUUAAAAUCUUCCUAUUUAACUAGCUUGGGGACUUCAGUUGAAAAAUUAGAUUCUAAGUUGUUCUUGCAGGAAUUAGCCUCCCCAUCUCCCAAAACCUUGAGAAUGAAGCCCUCGUUACCGCCUUUCCCUUCCCUUCCCAUCGCCCUCUGCUUACCCCAGUUGUCGUAAUCCAGCCAGCUGCAGUACGUACCGUUCUUAGGUUAGCCAGAGACAGAGUUUUUCAUUAUCAGGUCACUGUGAAGUCUGGCAAGGCAAGUCAUGAGGACAUGAACUCGAUCUCAGUCCCCUUGGACCACAGGGGAUGCCUUGACCAGGUGGUUGGCUCCGGCCUCCAGCUUUCAGUGGCAUCUUAUUUUGGGUACUGAUUAUUAAGAUGCAUAUAUAGUCCAUUCCUCAUUUUACACACACACACACACACACAGGUUUUUCUAGUCUCUGGCACGUGUUGCUUCUCCCUCCUGGUCAGUCUCUUUGUAAGUUAUUAUAUGGCAGUUCAUAUAAGAGCCACCAGGGGUCUCUGUUUCCGUUACAAACUUUGUUCUGUCUGGGCCAGAGAACUUAGCAUUUGAAAUCUCUCCAAAUUUAGCAGGAUGGGACAUUUCUGUAAUCUGUGUUGGGGUGGGGACUUUCUCUCUGUCUUCUUUCUAUUGCUGUGAGUUGGUCACUGGUGUUUGCUUUUGCUCUCCUCCAUACUGUAGAAGUACAUCCCAAUCUUAUUAAGGAGCUUUUAAAAGUUUUUUCUGAAUGUAUAGACUUUUCUCGGGGUUCCUGUCAUUGUCUCUGAUGGACCAUUUUCCAUUUAAGACAUUUUCCUAUAUAAAACAGUUUUAUAGCUGGUUCCUUUUAGAGUAAAGAGUCUUAAAGUUUUAUUGUGUUUAUGGCAGGUUUGAAAAAGGUAAGAAAUGGGUCCUUCUUCCACUUUUUUGGGGCACUUAAAACAUAAAAUUCAUUAUUCUAUUUAAAAAUUAGAUUCCACUUUGCUAAUCCAGAAAUUUUUCCCAAAUGUAAACUUAUUUUACAUUUACCCCUUGGUUUGGUUAUUUUAUAAGGUCUCUCUCCAGGGACCAACAGGGGCAUGUAGAGCCCUAGUUAGAUUAAGAGAGACCCUGCCCCUUAAGACCAGUUUUCAUUUAUUUAAACAGGAUAAGUAAGGGAACUUUUGACUUCACAGGCUCUAGAGUCUUCCCAAGGCCAGAAUCUAAAGAAAAUUAAAAAUCAGAUGCUGCAUCUUUUGGCCCUUUUCCUGGUUCCCCUCCAAAAUGUAAAACCGUUGCCCUUGUUUGCUCUAAACCUGGUGCAUGUGGUCUUGGUUCCUCUAGCGUCACACUUGCCCCAGGAAUACCGGGACUGGGAACAUCCAUAUCGCAGGCUUGUAAGUCGCAGCUAUUUAAAGCUGAAACUCAUUCCUCCUCUUUGUUUUCUAGCUUGAAAACCCUAUUUUUAUGUUAGCCUUAUGAUUUUCUGUAGUCCAGGAGAGAUGGUGGGUUACCAUUCAGUAGUAAAAUCAGAGUGUUCUUGUCUUUGACCUAGAAGAGAUCCUUUUUGGACCAACAUGUGCAGUUGGUAGUUGGAUCUAUGGAAAGUGGUAGGUGUUUCUCAUCCUAUUGAAGGGAAAGGGGAGCCUGGGGGCAGGGUGGGGGGCACUAAUGAGAAGGAUAACCUGGACCCCAGAGAACUCUAGAACCCCUUCAGGAAAGCGAGUCAGCCUGUAAGAAGCAACCCACAGUCCUUUAGAUUUCAGUCUUUGUUGCUCUUUAAUAGCCUGUUCUUGUCUUGACCUCAACUUCACAGGUUCUAAAUCAAGGGGGCUUUCAUACCUAUUUCCUUACUGAAAAUAAAGAUCCACCCUUCACUUGACAUUCCUUUUAAUCCAACUGAACAAAAUUGGUUCUCAUACUCGCUCUUUCCCCCCUCUCUCCAAAACCCUCCCUUCUAAGAAAGUAAAAGCAAAGCUUUCUUAAUGACAGCAUUUUGGGCCUGUUCUGUUGCUCUUGCCUUAUUUCUCUUUCAACCCUGUACAUUAAUUGUGUUUGCCAUCCCCUUGGUCAGUGUCCAUCUGCUGAUUUGCAUCAUGAACUGAACAGUGUGAAUGGUCACCUACUAAACCCAACUCUGGGAGCCGAGCUGUCUUCCCCAUCUCUGGUGCUCCUGACACCUGCGAGAUGGUCCUGUCGAGAGGACUAGGAACCAUUAGGAGGAGAGUCCUUAUCGGCAGAGCUUACUGCAGUCAACUGGAAUUGAGGUUGCACACUGUGAUUUUACACCGAAAAGCCAAAAGGAGCUGGUCACCCAAGGCCUGGGGAGACCAGUCGUCCUCAGAUCCGCUUGACAAAACCAGCAUGAUGCUUCAAAGAGCCCCGCUCUGCCCCUUGUGGCAUGGAUCCUUUUCCUGGUGUGGACUUUGAAGGGUCAGUCUUUGAGGAAAGGGGUGGGGGCGGCCACCAGCAUCCCAAUUUGGAAAAUAGAGGAGUUUGCAGCCAGCAGCCUGUAAACUGGAAACACUGGUCUCAGCCAACCUCCUCAGGGCGCCCUGGUUUCUCCCCAAGGAGGUGAGGAGCAGUGACACCAGCGCCAGGAGGAACAGACCACUGGAAGGGCUGGUGUCCAUGGACUUCACGUUCAGAAGAGAAGUUAGAUCUUCCAGGGAAUCGCAAUGUUGUGGCGUCUGACUUGUAUGUCACGUUUGUGUAAAAUGGUAUAUUCUUUAAAAUAGUGUUGAUAACUGGAAUAUUGUAUGUAUGCUUGGAGAUGCUUUGUGUGAACCUAAGACUGUCACUCAACAGAUGUUGGAUUGGGGAAAAUCCAAAGCACAACUUCAAAAUAAAAUACAUUUUUAGGUUUCGAUGCUGCA